AUGAGCGAAACAGUACGUAAUGGAGCGCCAGAUUUUGAAGAACCCAGGCUUCAAGUGGAGGGUUUCGUGGUUGACUAUAUUGCAUGGAGAAUAAAACAGGACAAGCUAGAAUGGUUCGAGCAACCAGAGUUACCAUUCGGCACGCAACCUGAACAUGAGAUGAUGAGGAAAGUUGCUCAUAUCUUCGAGCGUCGGCAUCGAGUUGAGCUACAUGAAUUCGCUGACGAGUUAUUAGAAAAUGAAAAUUUGACCUUUAGCCGUUACUGUGAGAUUGUGGAUGAGUUUGGAAGAACAGCAGACGAAAUGGAGAAUGGAAUGUCCUAUGGAAGACUGGUAGGAUUAAUCUCAUUUGGAGGAUUAGUAGCAGCUAGGCUAUAUGCGCGUAACUUGCGUCGCGAAGUUCAACAACUUGCCACCUAUACAGCAAAAUUCAUAGACAAACGGAUACGAUUGACAUGGGUCGAGGACGAAAGAAGCUGGAAGAACUUCACAUUUAUCGCUGCUGAUAUCAUACGGCGUGAUGCCGCUCAGCGUGAAGCUGCCGAACGCCGAAAAUCCAGUAGACGGUGGAGUCUAAUUGGUAUCGGAGCAGCAGCUCUUGUAGGCGUUGGUGCCAUCAUUGGGACCCGUGUUUUAUUAGGUGCUAAAUGA